AUGGCGGAGCGGAGAAUCUCCUAUGCUCCCGACGUCGAGAAUGGUGACCAUUCUCGCAGUACUGCCGAUGUCAAUGAGGGUGCCGGUCUCGACGAGUACGGAGCGUUGAACCGGUACAUCUCUACUGCCCGCGAUGGCCGCCGUGGCUCGACUUCCUCUGCCGGUGGCUUCAGCAACAAGAAGAACAAGAAGCCCUGGUACAAGUUUUGGGGUGGAAAGGGCGACACCGUCGAGGAGGGCUUCGUUUGCCCUGACGACUGGUUGGAGACCGACAUCCGCUCUGGUCUUCGCUCCGGCGACAUUGAGCCCCGUCGCAAGAGAACUGGAUGGAACGAGUUGACUACCGAGAAGACCAACUUCUUCAUCCAGUUCAUUGGUUACUUCCGUGGUCCUAUUCUCUAUGGUGAGUCUCCUUGA